AUGCCUUCUGAAGUUUCCGACAUCAAGCAGUUCAUCGAGAUCUGCAGACGGAAGGAUGCCUCUUCCGCCCGGAUCAAGCGUAACCGCAAGACCGGUCAGGUCAAGUUCAAGGUCCGCUGCCAGCGCUUCCUGUACACCCUGUCCCUGAAGGAUUCCGACAAGGCCGACAAGCUCAAGCAGAGCCUGCCUCCUGCCCUCAAGAUUGUCGACGUCUCCAAGGGUACCAAGAAGUCUGUCUAA